GCUGUGUCAUUUGUAGAUUGAUUUGUUUUUCAGGUGACGUGGAUGUUACCUUAUAUUAUAUUUUGGUUUGAGUGCAAAACACCUGUAGUGAUUAAUUCUAGAGAAUGGCCCUCAUGACGAUGAUUGCACGCUUUGUAGACGGCCUUCCGCUCGUGGGAACUAUGCAGGAAGAUGAGCAGGUAUCCGGCCGAAGCAUAUUGGAGUAUCAAAAUCAAGCUAAAUUGCUGUUUCGAAAACUGGGACCCAACUCACCAACCCGAUGCAGCAUAGAAACCGGGCCUUAUUUGUUUCAUUAUUUGAUCGAACAUGAUGUUUGCUAUUUAGUUAUGUGCGACAAGGUGUUUUCGAAACGAAUCGCUUUCACCUAUCUGGAAGAUAUCGCCCAGGAAUUUCACAGUAACUAUGGAAGGAGAGUAAAUACAGUGACUAGACCGUACGCUUUUAUUGAAUUUGAUAUUUAUAUCCAGAAAGCCCGGAAAAACCUAACAGAUCGUAGGAGAAAUAUAAAUGCUAUAAAUAAUCAGUUACAAGAUGUGCAAAGGAUUAUGGUACAAAAUAUUGAUGAUGUUUUGCAACGCGGGACUGUUCUAUCUGAACUGGAUACCAAAACACAAAAUUUAUCGAUGCUCUCUCAGAAGUACAAGAAGGAUGCUUCAUAUUUGAACCGCAAAUCGCUGUACGUCAAGGGAGCAGUAGCUGGAAUAAUUUUAAUUUUGUUUGUGUUAUAUUUUUGGGUCAUUUGAUAGUAAUUUAUAUGUCAUUCAAGCUAUGUGUUGUAUAAUAUAAGUGAUAUGAAAAGAAUGAUAACUCAGA